AUGGUACAGAAGCUCAUUUUAUUUGUUACGGGCGACAGCGGCGCCGGUAAAAACUAUUGCGCUGACGCCUGGGCCUCUUUGCUCAUCAGAUGCGCUGGCAACAGUCUAACGGUACGAGUCGUCAGCAUCAGCAGUGCCAUGAAGGAAGAAUACGCGAAAGAGAGUGGUGCUGACCUCGGCGGCCUGCUUUACGACCGAAGAUACAAGGAGCAACACCGGUCAGCGCUGAUAAGAUUUUUCCAACUAAAGGUACAAGAAAACCCUCGGCUUCCAGAGGAACAUUUUGUGAAUGUCGUAUAUAACGCCGCGAACGUUGACGUGCUACUUAUAACUGGUAUGAGGGAUGAAGCGCCAGUAGUAUCCUUAUCACAUCUGGUAGCAGACAGGAAGAUGCUCGAUAUGCGCGUUGAAGCUAGCAGAGAGACACUGCGGGCCUGUGGAGGAUGGCGUAACGGCAACGACGUUGUUGACGAUGAGGACAAUAACAACAGCGACGCUUACCGCCCCAGCUUCAUCUUCAAGAAUGACACAGCUGGUGACGAGAUGGCGAAGACGUUUGCCGAACAAUAUCUGCUCCCCUUCCUACACGAGGACCUACAUCGACUGGCCGAUAUGGUUCACACGUCACCCGACUUCCCGCGCCCAGGCAUUGAAUUUCGUCACGUGCUCGGCAUAUCUGAGCAGCCGGGUGGGCUGGCCCUGUGCUCUUCUCUGCUGCACACCCACUUCACCGGUAAUUGGCUUGAAGUCGAUGCGGUGGUGUGUUGCGAGGCCGGUGGCUUCGUCUUUGCGUCGGCGCUGGCUUCACGGGUCGACGUGCCAUUAGCGCUGAUUCGCGAGGCCGGUAAGCUCCCCUCACCCACUGCUUCUGUCAUCAAACCUCCGUCCCACAUUUCAUCUUCGGCUUUGAACGAAUCAAGAGGGAAGGAAAUCGAAAUGGGUCGAGAUGUGGUGCCAAGAGGCGGGACAGUGGUGGUGGUGGACGAUGUGCUCGCAACGGGAGAGACUCUUUGUGCAGUGAUCCAGCUGCUGUGUGAAGUCGGUAUCUGUGCUGAUCAUGUCAGCAUCAUGACUGUAGCCGAAUUGCCUGUUCAUCGCGGCCGAGCAUUGUUGCGUCAACGCGGCUUUGGUAAAGUUAAUGUCCAAAGUCUCUUGGUUUUUGGCGGUGCAUAG